UUCCACCAACACCGAUCUACCACCUUGACAUAUACGAUCAACUCAACGCAGCUUCCUACAACAUUGCUCCCUAUCCGCACCUGCCAAUGACCCGCUGACGACCUGUACGAAAGCCUUUUCACUCCGAAAAUGGAGGACGUCAACAUGGAAGCCGAUCAGGCAAUUUUGCAAAACAAGCUCAUCAAUGAAGAGUACAAGAUAUGGAAGAAGAACAGCGUCUUCCUCUACGACAUCAUGUACAGUCGCGCACUUGAGUGGCCAACGCUUACCACCCAAUGGUUGCCGGAUGUCAAGGACGUACCGGGCAAGCCUAUGCGCACCCACAGACUACUUCUCGGCACACAUACUUCGAAGCAGCAGCCAGAGUACCUACAAAUCGCACACUUUGAGUUGCCCAAGCCCCCCGCGGCGAAGAUGGCAGACUACAAUCCGAACACAGAGGAGCUCGGCGGUUACGGCGCGAGCAAGGAGACCAUCAAAUUCUCCGUCGUGCAGAAGAUCGUACAUCCGACCGAAGUCAACAAGGCCCGCUAUCAACCACAGAACCCGAACCUCAUCGCAACGUGGGCAAGCAAUAGUAACGUCUACGUGUGGGACCGAUCGAAGCACCCAUCCGUGCCACCGAACGACCAAGCAAAGCCUCAGGCAAUCCUGCAAGGUCACAGAGAUGAAGGCUUCGCGCUAGAGUGGAACCCGCACGUCGAAGGCCAACUUCUCACCGGCAGUGGCGACAAGUCCGUCAAUCUCUGGGAUCUCGAGCGUGACUUUAGUCUCGAGACCAAAACCGUCAAACCACGUACCAGCUACACACAUCAUGCCGCGAGCGUGAACGACGUGCAAUACCAUCCCACCUUCGGCAAGAACCUUUUCGGCUCCGUAUCCGACGAUCUCACCUUCAAGCUUAUGGACAUGCGCAGGUCCACUACCGACAAACCCGCCAUUGACUUCGAGCGCGCCCACCCGGAUGCAAUCAACAGUCUGGCCUUUCACCCCACUCACGAUAAACUCUUCGCAACAGGCUCGGCAGAUAAGACCAUCGGCGUCUUUGACCUCCGCUUCCCAGACCACGGCAAGAUCCACAGCCUAGAAGGGCACAAGGACGUCAUCACAAAGAUCGACUGGCACCCUUCCGACUCCGCCAUUCUCGCUUCAUCCUCCGACGACCGGCGCGUCAUCUUCUGGGAUCUCAGCAGGGCAGGUAUGGAGCAGACACCGGAGGAUGCAGAGGAUGGGCCGCCGGAGAUGCUGUUCAUGCAUGGUGGGCAUACUAACCGUGUCAGUGACUUUACGUGGAACAAGAAUGAUCCGUGGGUAAUGUGCAGUGCGGCGGAAGAUAACCUGAUCCAGGUGUGGAGGGCGAGUCGGCAUUUGGUGGAGAAGCUGCCGCCAGGAGUGAGGAGAAGGGAGGUUAGUGAGUCCUGAGUCACACCGGCAGCGGUGGGAAG